UUUGAACUCCAUUUAUUCGAACGCGAGCUUUGCGCGCGAACGCACGGCUGCGCGAGAGCUUUUUCCAUUUAUAAAUUUUUCGGCGGUUUUAUUCGAAAAUGGAAUCGUUUAUGAAAUGUGUUUUUAAUUUUAAUAUGUUUUAUAUUCUCAACUGACAGUAAAGUGUUGUCUAAGGAGUUUCUAGUGUUUUGUGAAAUGACAGUUGGUAUUUUUUUGUCGGCGGACCAUCUUAUUGUGCAAUAGGGAUUACUUUUUUGUACCGGAGCUAAGGAUACGGUCAAAAUGCUGAAGUGGGCAGUUUACGGUAAAAAGAACCAAGAUCAGGUCAACGAUCUAGAAAGUGAAGACUGCGAGCAUUAUACCAACAACGGAUACAACAACAACAAAAUAAGAAGGUCUUUAGAUGCUCAAACAGUCAAAAGGAGCAAGAAACCCAGCAGAUAUCAGCGAAGGUCCCUAGGAUCAGGCGCAGUUAGAAAAAAUAUAAGAGCUAUUGAUAAAGAAAACGUAAACUAUAUAGGAAAUACACCAAACUAUUAUAGAGAGGGUUUUAUUAAAAAACCGGAAGGCCUAGCCUUGAAAGAUGUUAGUAAUAUCACGCCUAAUACCACUCCAGUCAAGAAGAUUGAAAGGAGAAAAUACUACCUAAACGUUUCUAAAGAUGACAUUCCUCCUGACUUGCCCCCAACACCACCAACUUAUAGUCGACGAGUAAGAGAGGCGAAGAAGAGGAAAUUAGAAAUGGCCAGUGCCAACGAAGUCUUUCGAAGAGACAGCUGCGUGUAUAAAACUGAGAGAAGAAUUAAACCCAUAGAUAGAACCUCGUUUAGUCCAAGACUAAGUCACAGUACAUCUGAACCAUCCUUAAAUGAACUUUCAGACAGAUUGAGUGCUUCAACUGCUAGUAGCAGAAGCUCUUUUGCUCUAGGUAAAAUAAAUAUCCCAGUUUGUACUACAAAGACAACAACUGAAGGUCUGGUGGAAAUUGAAUACGAUGAGGAUCUUGUCAUUAAUUGCGUAGAAAAACCUGUUGUUCCUAAACCCACUGUGGAGAAAACAACAUUACCCAUUUUCGGACAUCAUAUUUUUAUGGAUAAUCCACUAUAUUUUAACAAUAAUGAUAUAGGCCUUAGUAACAUUAGACCUUUGAAAAGGACGAGGAAGAAAUCUAAUGAAUUCGAAAGCUCGUUUAAGUCACCUUCUGUAGAUAAGAAGGAUGUUCAUUCAUUAAUAAGGGAUGGGUGUUCACCUGUAUCCAUCACUCCACUGUCUACAAAACUAGCUGCCCUGAGAUUUAGUACAAUGAGUACGCAUACCAAAUCUCAGAGGGUUAUGUUCAGUAAUGACGUCACCGACUAUUUUCCCAAAGUAGAGAAUCCUUUUACUAUCCCUCUUAGGGACGAAGAAUCGUCUACUGAAAUGGAAAAUAAAUUUAUCUUAGGAAAAGACUCUACAAGUAAUGAUACUGAAUCUACUGUAUCCACAACACAAAUGGGGGAUAUCACAUUAGAGAAAAUGAUUGAAGAUAUUAUAAAGAGUACUAAAAUCAUUAAAUCCAAACGUAGAAUUUUGAACAAAGUUCCAGAUGUGCAAAUUCCAGAAGAAAUUCCACCGCUUGAGACAGUUAAAGAUUUAUUUGUAAAUCCUCAGGCAGAGAACAAAGCCAAUCUAAUUAAAGAAGCGAAAUAUGUGAAUUUGUCGAGAGAAAACUCACUAUCGCCAAGAAACACACCUACUAAGAAGAUGCCAGUACAUAGGGUAAAUGAAAAGUUACUAAAAAACCUUCCAAUAGGAUGUUUCAUCUUAGACGACGGUGAUGGCUAUAACGAAAGGGAGGUAAGAACCCCUGAUAUUGACGUAGACAUAAAACGUAAAGGUGCAAAGAAACGCCUUAAUGCGCUCAAUAGGUCUCAAUCUAUGAAAGUUUUUAGUGAAAAAGGAAACUUAGAAACUACAUCUUCUGAGUCAACACCCGACUUAUAUUCAGCAGCUGACGAGCGGGCAAGCCUAAGAUUGAAACGUCAAAGAUGUAUCCGAAGGAAAAAAUCCACAGUGAGCAAUGAAAGCCAAUGGAAGGGUAAAGACCUUAAAACAUCCAUUCUCACUCUUGAAAUAGGAAUCCCAAGUCCAGCUACUGAACUUCCAAACACCUCAUUAUGUGAGCCUUUGAGUCCUCCAUUGUCUAAUCCAAUUGUGACUGAUGACUAUCAGAACAUUUCUAUGAAGUCGAAUGUGUCACAUAGCAGUUUGAUGCCUUACGACAACUCUCACAACAAGAGAUCGAGAGAGCUGUUUGGACUAACGUUAGAACACGGCAUCCCAAGUCCUAUAACACCAGUGCCUAACCUAAAAAGACCUGGAAAGGUGUUGAGUGAAGAAAGAGCUCACAAAACUAGUAAAGUAGACGAAGAUUUCCUCUUAACAGAUGGUUUUACUCCCGUCAUUGAGCAUAAAUCUAUAAGACGAUGCUUGACUUAUUCUCCUGAAGAAAACAGCAUUAGUAGUAGCGAGGAGAAAAGAAGAAGUGUUGCAAGCAAUCGUCUAGAGCGUAGUAGCGAAAGAUUCCAAGCUCUAAAAGGAACGAUAGAUUUAGAAAUUAUAACACGAAAUGACGUCAUAGACGUGCACGUUAUAAGAUGCCGAGAUCUUCAGCGGUCUACAGGGAAAACGGAUGAUAUCAAUGCUUAUGCGAAGGUUGUGAUCAGUGGCAUACCAGAAAGUCAGUGCCUUCCAUCCCAAAGGUCGAUCUUCCAAAGAACUUCUGUGCUGUACGGCAAGCGAGAGCCGGAGUUCCAGAGGCACCUCAAGCUGCCGCUGCCGACAGCUAUCUACGACAACCAGAUGCUGCACAUUUCCGUAUGGCACAGGGAUAAGAAAUACCGGCGGAGCGAGUUUCUAGGAUGUGUCUCGUUCCCACUAAAAGAUGCUAUUAACUGCGACAUAUCGGGCACGUACUUCCUGCAACAAGGCUCUGGACGCGGCCAGAACGCGGCGCAGGCGGCCAAUGAGAAAGUCGCUAAAGAGGACCGCGUGACUGAAGGGGAUACACGCAAGAUGGCUACUGAUAACAUUGAGACUAGCACCAACGAUGGCACCAAGGAGAACCAUAAUGAUAAAGGUGUGUCAGCAAACGGUCCAUCAUCGACGACAGCGAGCCAGGCUCAAGCGGUGGCGGCGGCUCUCCAGCGCGAGGCUGACGAGCACCUGUUCCUCCGGUACCUGGAGCUGGACCCGCCCGAAGACCCCAACGCACCGCGGCGAGCGCAGAGGAAUGGACGGACACCAUUCACUACGACUAGGAAAUUGGUCCGUGGCACUGGCGGUGGAUUCGGCUUCACAGUGGUAUGGACACGUCCCCCUAGGGUUGAGAGAGUGGCGGCUGGGGGCUCAGCAGAGCGCGCCGGGCUCAGGGCGGGAGACUAUCUCGUGUUCGUCGGCAACAAGAAUGUGGUGACAGCUAACGAGGAAGAGGUCCGAAACCUCGUGAAAUCAGCGGGUCAGAUGUUAAACAUAGAGACAUUCAGACGGGUGCCUCCAAACGGCGUGGGCAUCCGACCGCGACUGGCGCAGGUCACCAUCCCUCCCUCGGAGUCGACCCCCCCGCCCCCGCCGCGCUCGCCCCGCGCCGCCGCCCUGGCCUCCCCCGCGGCAGCUGCUCGGCCUCCCACAGCCUGCUCCUCCACCAGCCAGUCCCUCGACAGACGCAAGCUCCAUCUGCCCCAAGUCACAUUCUCCAAAGAGCAGACGCCAGGGUUGACGACGGACGGCAGGAAGCGCGCGCUCCUCGCAGUGAUAGCCAGGGAGCAGCACUACGCCACCUGCCUGCAGUUCGGGCUCGUACGAUUCGUGUCGCCUCUCGCUGAACGAGCUGACCUCAUAGCCCCAAACGACCACCAGUUGUUGUUCCAAAAUCUUGAAGAGAUCUUCAGAUUGUCCGAAGACAUUUUAGAUCAAGUGGUGCAGGAUGACGGAGAGAUUCAGACGUCGACCGUGGUCGCCGUGUACCUUCAGAAGACACCUGUUUUCCUUAGCCUGUAUAAAAAGUACUGCCUUGGACUCAAGAGAGCUGAUUGUGUCCUGGUGAAAAAGUCAAAAGACCCGAGCGGUGCAUUCUCCCGGUUCUGCACCAGCCCGCCGAUACCUAGAAGAAGGCCGGACAUCACAUCGCUGGUGCACAAGCCGCUGGAGCAGUUCCGAGAGCUGCUGCGGCUGAUGAGGGGGGCGGCGGCUGCGGCCGGAGCCGGGCCCUAUGACCAGCUCGAGAAGAAACAGCUCCAAGUUAUUGUGGAACAGUUACAGAGCGGCUACCAAGACGUAACGGCUGGCUCAGGACUGAUGGGACUCGCCGGUGACGGCAAGCCGCUGCUGUCCGUCUCCGAUCUGGAGAGUCGACUCGUGUUCACUAGGUGUAAGCCCUUCGUACUAAGUACUGCCGGUCGUCAGUGGAUCUUUGGUGGGGAGCUGUCGAGAGUUGAAGGUCGUGCAGUUCGACCUUACUGGGCGCUGCUGUUCAGCGAUCUGCUGCUCUUCGCCACCGUGUCAAGGGACCGGGUUCUGUUCGUGACCGAGGAGCCUGUUGCCUUAGGGACCGUGUCAGAGGCACAGUUCAAUGUUAGGAAGAAAGCCACCGAGUUCCGCCUGCUGCUGGGCCGCGCGGGCGGCGAGUCCCCGCUGGUGUCGUGCUCGCCGCGCACGCCGGCGCGCACGCGCACCGUCGUGCUGCGCGCGCCCUCCAUCGACCUCAAGGCCGUGUGGCAGAGCCUGCUGCAGAGACAGAUCUACCGCGCUCACACGAUGUCGGGCACGCCGCUGGGCUCGCCGCUGGACUCCCCGGACCCGCAGCUGACCUUCUCGCUCGCCACGCUGGACUCGCAACAACGCCAGGUAUCCGCGUCCAGCAUCCAACGACACUCCAGCCUGGCCCUCCUGCCGGCCAGCUCCUAUCGCUCGCACCUCAACAUGCUCGUUGAAGAACGUCCAGAGAAAGAAGUGCGAGUUAGUUUCGACGUCCGCACGAGUUCCGACACUCCGACGCCCCAACCAGUCCGCGGCCCUCUCAGUACGGUCUGGAGAACAGCCCCAACUCCAGAAACCCCGUCCGCUAAUCUGUCGCCAGCAGAUUCGCAAACGUUCUCCUCGCACUUCGUAUCAUCGUCGAGCAUUGAGAAGAACGAUGAGCCCCACACUUCACCCAGUGCCCAAUUGACGCCAGAGGGUGGUGAAGCAUAUUCAGAGACCUCUCCGUGCAGAUGGGAAUCUUUCGAGGCAGACUUAGCUCUAGCUGACCUGGAUGUCGACCCCUCGUACAAGCACGCUGUCGAGGAGCGCAUCUUCCUCCCCGACGACCCCCUUCUGCCGCGGAUGGCUCUGCCAGAGAGGCCGACUCCGCCGACGCGACGCAGUUCAGUCGAGACCCAGACGGGGGGAGCGGGGAGCGCCACGGAAGGUGCUCGGAGCACAAGAAGCAGAGGAUCCACUCUUCAUCUGCAGAGGUGGAUGACACAACUGCCAGAAGCUGAAGAGCUGGACCCGCCAGAGCCUGACAUGGAGGUAGAUAUGAAAAUGUGGAGCGUAGAAGAAUUAAGAAAACGGUCCAGAGAACUAAAUUUGUUAGAAGUAGCUGAUCUUGUGUCAAGCCAUGAGGCUAAAGGAGCAUCUCCCGCUGAAAAGAAGGAAAACGACCGAAGCCCAUCAAAAAGCAGCAAUUCUGGAAGUCAAAUAACGGUAAGGACAAGCCCGGUGGUGGUUGACACGAUACCCGUCUGCAGACAGUGCCACAAAAAAUGUUUGUCCAAACCAAAUAGUCCCUUAGUGUCACAAAAGGAACCCCCAGUUGCACCAACAAAACCAAAAACAGAAGCAUCGCCCCAAAACUCGAACUCGAACAAAAGUUCCACCAGUCCGUGUAGUGCUCACUGUGGUAAUCGUAAGCCAAAGAACUUUUCGCAUUUAGAACGUAAGGGUGCUAUCAGGUUACGUCCAGAAGAUGGCCCUAAGGCAGCCAUGAAAGUCAUAGAUUCGAUUGAACAAAGUCAGAGAAUGCUAAAGUCGACGUCCUAUGAACUAAAAACUGAUUCACCAAUCCUAAGUAGAAGCGUCCAUUCGAAUCAUACGAAAAGUCAGUUAGAACUGAGGAAGGACCACUCAAUAAGAUCCCCAAGCCCAUCGUCAAGCAGUCGAAACAGCCCGCUAUCAACUAGCCACACUACCUGUAGUUCUAUGGUUUUUAAUUCUAGUUCUAAUGAUUUAAGGAUGUCCAGUUCAAAUAUUGCUAAUCAGGUCCAAUGCGUAAUUGCUCAAGAAAAGUACUUGAAUGAGGUCAAAUGUGUAGAAAGCAUUACUUUAACGAAAACUAAAACCACAACAUCUAGUUACCCGUCACCAGCUUCGGCAAGGAAAGAGCAAAUAACAAGACAGAAAGCUGAAAAUGUUUUAAAUAAAGUAUUGGGUAUGAACAUUAUUACUAAAAGAGAGAAUAUCGGUUCUUGUUUAAAAACGUCUUCAGUAUUUUUAGAGGAUGACUCAAUACACGAUGACGAUAAUGACUUUAAAAUAGAGAGAGGCUUGAGGCGGUCUCCUAGGAUGGGUAUUUCAGCAGUCAGUAAAAUGAACGGAGACAUAAAUAAGAAGACUGAAAGAACGGAAGAUUUAAAUGCGAAUAAUGCUAUAGACGCAGGAUCUGAUGAAGAUUUAGAAUUAGGUCCCCUUAUGCUGAUGGGUCUGUCAGCUAUCAAUCCUGCAGCUCAUUUAAUGAGAGUAGAACCUUUUAAAAGAGGCUCAGCGGCGAGCUUGAACAACCCUUGCUCUAGACCCGGUAGUCUAGGCUCAAUCAAGUCAGAGUCUCCUGUUCCUAACAUAGCUGUCGUCCCACCAACGCCUGAUUUCAAUUCCACUAAUAAGACUGAUGACCUUGUAGAUGAGUCCCCAGAUUCCCCCGACGUCCCAGACGACCUACCUUAUGUAACGCUCAAAAGAUAUGGCACAAUGUCAAGCCUGGAGAGGCUACCGUCCGACGAGACUGACGAUGGCAACGUAAGACUGACAGCUCAAGAACCAGAAGCUUCAAAAUCUUAUAACAAUCCGGAUCCAAACGAAAUUGCUGUUGCAGUGAGUGGUGCAGCAGGUGGUAUAAUGGGUUGGACGGCAAGAGCGGGGUCCUUCGUCGUUGAAAAGAUGAAUAUUUUCAGUUACACUGAAAGUGUUCCAAACACAUCCAUAGCGCACAAGCAACCAUCUUUCUUAGAAAGAUGCCUUGGAGUCAGUGAUUGGAAGUCAAAUAUUGGUACUGAAGAUGGCACUGGAGAAACUGGUGAAGGCAGUGGGGCCAGCGGUGAAGAAGCCUGGGGUACCCCAUCAUCUGGUGACCUCUCUGACAACCUGCCAGACUCUGAACACGGAACGCUAUCGGUAACUGAUACUGUAGUUAUCAAAGCGUUCAUAGCAAGUUUACAAAAGAUUUUUUUACUAAAGAGUUUUCCGAACUUCAUCAGCAUCGCCUGGAUCUUACCAAAACUAAUUGGAACUAUGUACUUAGAUGUUUCAAUGCAGCAUAAAAACUCCUUGCUUUCAAGUAUCUUUCAAGUGUUCACGAGAUUAGUUACGCAAAGAGGCUUAACGCAGCCCUUAAGAAUAUACAAAAUUGUUUUAGAAAUCAAAAGAUAUGUACUAAAAAAAAUGUGCCGUAGAAUGGAAAUUCCUUCACGAUUUCAGUCACCUACAAAGUCUUCAUCAUCCUACGCUGGUGAUGACGAUACGGAGCUGAUGAUGGACGAGCUCCUCAUGGCGCCAACAAUUACUGGACCAACGACGUUAAGACCCCUUCUUCCAAGGGAUGUUUUCAGAAGAAGACUAGAGCCUCUCCUCGAAGAAGAAGGCUCUGACAGUGGAAGCGAAGACAACAAGCCAACCCCCACCAACUCUGACGACCAGAACCAGAGGGCGGGGGUGCGGACGUCGUUCAAACUGCUGGAGGGGUGCGAGGUGGUGGCGCCGGGUGCGAUCUGAGCCCCGACCGGACGC